AUGGGAGAAUCCCCUACACAAAAAGAAGGUAGUGCUUUCGAGUGUCUCAACGAUGAUGUACUGGACCCACGCGCAAAGUAUGUUAAAGCUGUUAAAGAGUUGUUACCACUUGGGUACACUUCUCGCAGUUUCGCCAAGUUAGUCAUGCCCUAUGUGUGGCAAUACGCACGGAUAAUUACAAAUACUACAGAGUGUCUUCACAACACUCAAAUACUUAGUAUCUUAAAAAAAGAUCAUCUCUUAUUUCCUUACGGGACUUAUUUAAAAGAAUUGGAGAUUACCUUCACAGUCAAUAAUGGUGAUGAACGUUGCCAUAUAAUUCCUAUUAUAUCAUCAUUGCUUCAGGUUAUAACUAAUCGUUGUACCAAUAUACAACAAUUGAGUUUCCUGGCAAAGGUUGGACGUAGAAAUUUAAACGAGUUUUCAACUCGAAAUAUGCAUGAUGAUGAUAGUAUUAACAAAGCAUUUUUUAGACAUGUGAUCCUCAAGAAGACAUCAAAGUGGAGUACUUUCGGGGAGUUAAUUUCUUCAGCAUUUGGUCAAGGUACAUUGAAGGAUGUGACACUAAGUUCAGAUUUUGUUCUUGUGAGUGACGAUUCUUUGAUCAUGAUAGCAAAAAAUAAUCUCGGAAUUAAAAGACUUUCUUUGAGAGGUUCCCAAUUCACGAAUGGGGGAAUUGAGGCCGCAUUAAAAUUUCUGGGCGAUAAUUUAAGGGAAUUGGAAUUAAAUAAUUUAUUGGGAGAUGACAGCCGUAAAGCGUUAAGGUGUUCCCCUUUGAAGAUUUGUAUUGAUACUUUAUUGAGAUCUUGCAAAAACCUACAAACCAUUAUCUUGGUCGGCAUAGUUUAUAAACCUACUGAUAUAUUGGAAGAAUAUACUUGUCCAAUACAGUCUAUCACGGCAGACCAAGUUGACGAAGAAACACUUAAGCAUCUCUUUUUGCACACUAAUAAGCAAACAUUAUCCCAGGUUAAAAUCACUAAUCCCUAUGACGUGGUCAAAUGGGAGUCAUUCCUUCGUUAUUCAGUUUUGCCUUGCACAAAAUCUGGCAAUUUGGAAACUCUUAUCCUUUACAUGUUAAGAUGUCGAAAGCAUCGAUAUAAUUAUUCUUCUUUAGAUCCAAAAGUUAUCAUGAAGAACAUUAUGGAUACUUUACAGAUAUCCGAAAAUACAGUUGAUUUGCUUUGUUCAGGAUUAAACCAGUGGAGAAUUUUGGUGGGCAAGGAUAUAGGAGAUCAAAUGUAUUCAGUUGAAUCAGAAGGGGUCGAUUUUGUUACUAAAACACGUAUAUUGGAUUACGAUAGUUUAGCUCUAUCUGAAUGCUAUUAA